GUCCCCACGUAGGCAUUCCCGUAAAUGGAAUAUAAAGGAAGCCCAAAAAUCCCCAAGCAGACAGAUUUUCAAUUUGUUUUUCCAGAUCCCGGGUUUUUAUAUAGUUCUCUCGGACGCUUCCUUUAAUCCUUAUAUUAAUCCUUAUAUUAGUUAAAAUAUUAAAAAGAAAAAAACCCAGAGAGAUAGAGAGAGGCUAGAUUGAAUGCUGGAAAAUACUUUUCCCUCGCCGGUGGCCGGCGGUUUGAACAGGUUUCAGUCGGCUGUAAAUUCGUUCAUUUUCGCCGACAUGGUAGAGAAAUUGGCCUCGCACGUCCGACUCGGACACCCUAGCAACGCCAUGGAGUUCUUCGAACUCUGCUUAUCCCUUGCCAGAGGUAUUGAUUAUGCAGUUGCAAACAAUGAGGUUCCAUCCAAAGUUCAAGAUUUGCCUUCAUUGUUGAAACAGGUAUGCCAGCGUAAAAAUGAUCUCCCCUUACUGGCAGCUAUCAUGGUGCUUAUGAUGUCUGUGAAGAAUGCCUGUAAGAUUGGGUGGUUUUCAGAAAAGGAGUCUGAAGAACUUUUCACACUUGCAAAUGAGAUAGGAAGCAGCUUCUGCAGUCCAGGAGAUAUUAGCACAGGACCUAGUGAUUCUUCUUCCACUAUUAAAAAAAUCAUGGAGAGGUUCUACCCACGGAUGAGGAUGGGACAGAUACUUGCUUCCCUUGACAUCAAGCCCGGAUAUGGGGCAUACGUGAUUGAUUUCCAUAUUUCAAAGAAUUCAACACAGUCUUCCCAAGAAAAAAUUUGGUUAUUUGUAGCACAGACAGAGAAUAUAGACACAUCUACAUGUAUUAUAAGUCCUCCCCUAGUGAGUUUUCUUCUGAAUGGAAAUGGAGUAGACAGGAGGACUAAUGUUCUAAUGGACACUGGGCCACAGUUACCAACAAAUGUGACUUCAAUUCUUAAAUAUGGAACAAAUCUUCUUCAAGCAGUAGGCCAGUUUAAGGGUCAUCAUGUCAUAAUUGUUGCCUUCAUGAGUGUGAGUUCAUCACCUGACACCCUGGUGCCAUCUGAUUAUGUGCAACCUGCUGUGGCUGUAGUUGACCCGGAUUCUGACAUAAUUGAAGGACCAUCACGAAUAUCACUUCAUUGUCCAAUAAGCUAUACACGUAUCAAGACUCCUGUCAAAGGACGUUCAUGUAGACAUCUUCAGUGUUUCGACUUUGAUAACUUUGUUGAUAUAAAUUCAAGAAGACCAUCCUGGCGCUGCCCACAUUGCAAUCAGCAUGUCUGCUAUGAAGAGAUUCGUAUUGAUCAGAAUAUGGUCAAGGUCCUGAGAGAGGUGGGAGAGAAUGUUGAUGAAGUUAUCAUCUCUGCUGAUGGAUCCUGGAAGGCUGUACUGGAAAGUGAUGGUACUGUAGAUGAGGCAACAGUUAAGACCCCCAAUUCCCAGAAAGAAAGAACUGGGUGGCAAGAAUCUACCAGUGUCUCAAAUUCUCUUCCUAAUGUCUUGGAACUUACAGAGGACAACAAUGAGAUGGGAACAGUGAACUCUAACGAAACUGAAGACCGGAAACCUUUGCAGGCUAGUCUUCCAGUUGCAACACAUUUAAAUUUGCCUCCAGAAUUGAACAGAAUAAAUGAGGCUAAUCAAAGUGUUGCUGCUGAAGUAGAGGACGACUUCUGGCCUGGAAUUUAUUUGAGUUCCGAGCCAAUGAACUCCAGUGCUAGGUCAAAUGCCCAAAGAGUUGGUAGUAUCUUUGAGCCCGUUACUGCUAAUCUUAUGCAGUCUCCUGUGUUGACUGAUGCAUUUUCUCCGGCCAUUAAUCAAGAAUCUGAUUUCACCACCCCUAUAAUGCAAAGUCAAGGCUCUUCCAAUAAUUUUCAGUUGCAACAGUCACAAUAUGUGAAUUCUCUUGCCAACAAUGAACAUGUGAGGUUGCCAGCAAUACCCAGACAUGUGAGCAGGACUCCAAUUGCAGUGCAGGCCCUGCCAGUGCAGCCUCAGGCUCCAAAUCCGCAACGAAGACAGAGUAGUUUGAAUUCUUUGACUCCAAAUGGUUCCUCGAUUUCUUCUCAUGUUUUCCAUUCUGCGACUUCCGCUGCAGAUCAUUUCAAUCCAAUAUAUAGUACUAUGGAAAGUCAGCAUCACUUUCGAGGUCAUGUGAGUCCACUUCAGGUGCCAGAUAUUUCUUCAUUGCAGCAAGCUUUAAACCAAAGGAAGCUCCAGUCUGUGGGUCAAUCGUCAAGUGCUAACCGGUCAUCUUCACACCACCCACAUACCCUAAUCCAGCAAGGGGGUGCACAAGUGGGAACCAGUCAUGCUGCAGGUAUGAGCAGUCAAAGACAAUGGCUUGCUUAUCAAGCUGCUUUUCAGCAGGGAAGACAGGCACUAUCUGUGGCAGUUCCAAGUCAAACGUCAAGAACUGAAAACUCUUUGCCAGUGACUGCUAAUGGUAACCGAGGGGGAAUAUGGGAGCAAAGAGAGAACACAGGAACAAUGUCACAGCCAAGGGCUGUUAGUUUGGUGGACUCUACAUCGGAGAAGAAUCAGUGGCCCAGGGGUCGAAUGCGUGGAAGUCUGUCAGGUCCGGCAUAUUCUGCUUAUAGCCAAUUUAUAAUUCAGCCAACCCAACCAGCACAAACUGCAAGACCACCGACAAAUCCGACUCCUCCAGCAAACAGUGUUACACCUCAACAGCAGGUAUCUGUCGCCAAUAGCAGAAAUGCCGGCCGUCCUCACAUAACCAGUAUCCACAGGUAGACCCAGCUGGUAAAUAUAAUUUGCCAUAACCAAUUUUGUAUCCCACCAUCACCUUGUAAAGUUUUUAACUUGGACGAGUCAUAUGCUAGUUUGGUUGGUCUGUCUGUAUUCAGGAAUUCUGAAGUGGGUAUUGACAGUUGAUUUCGAUAAUUUUCUAAGUGGUUAUGUCAUCUUUUGAUA